GCAAUAUAAGACCCAGUCGAUGGGGAUUGUUAGUCAGUAGCAUUUUGUGCACCAGCUCGCAAUGAACAUAAUCCGUGCCUUUGCUCUCGCUCUUUGUGUGGCGUCAGCAUUUCCGCCUUCAAUAGCCGAUGAUACGUAUGCAAGUUGUACGAGAUCCGAUGGACUUUCUGGACAUUGUAAGCCAUAUAGAAAUUGUCCCAAGAUUUUAGAAAUUACACAGCACAAACCACUUUCGACUGUUGAACUAAACUACUUAAUGAAUUCAAAAUGUCCCCCUAAAAGGGGUUAUGUCUGCUGCGAAGAAGAGGAGAGUGCGGGUAUGGCACUAUUGAAGGAACAGGAUUGUGGAUACUUUGGUGGAAUAUUAAAGACAAUCGGCGGAACCGAAGUUAAAUUAAUGUCAAGACCUUGGAUGGCUCUACUUAAGUUUGAAGAUAACGAAGCUGAAGAAUUUAAAUGUGGUGGCACUCUAAUAACAAAACGCUUUGUACUAACUGCCGCGCAUUGUUUCAAUCGUCAAGAAUUAUUAUUUGUGCGUUUGGGGGAACACAAAAUAUCCAGUGCAACAGACUGCGCUUGGGUAAAAUCAAGAUAUAUAUGCGCGCCCCCAGUUGAGGAUAUAUCGUUUGAAAGGAUCAUUGUGCACGAGGAUUACUCGCAACAAUCUAAACACAACGACAUAGCAUUGGUAAAGCUAUCAAGGGACGUAGAGUUCAAACAACAUAUUAGGCCUAUCUGCUUGCCUGUGAAUGCAACACUCCAACAACAACCAGAAGAAAUGGAAGAGUUCCAAGUAACUGGUUGGGGCAAAACUGAAAAUGGAUUCAUGUCCGAUAAUAUCAUGGAGAGCAAAAUCCUUAACAAGCCUCGCGAAAACUGCCUUUUCUUUCAAAGGGAUAUAAGAAAAUCCCAACUGUGCGCUGGUAACCUAGGUAAGGACUCCUGCAAUGGCGAUUCUGGUGGUCCUUUAUUAUAUUUGAGCGAAUAUAACGAGAACCAAAGGUACGUGCAGUUCGGUAUAGUUAGCUACGGUUCGCCUAGUUGUGGUAAUGGGUAUCCUGCGGUGUAUACAAAUGUUGGCAGCUAUAUGCGCUGGAUAGCCGAUAAAAUAAUCGCCAAUUAUAUAUACAUAUCGCAUAAAAUAAUUUUUUCUGAAGAUGAUAGUUGUACGAGAUCCGAUGGACUUUCUGGACAUUGUAAGCAUAUUAGAAAUUGUCCCAAGAUUUUAGAAAUUAGCCGCCAAAGACCGCUUACGACUGUUCAAAUAGACAACUUAAAGAAUUCAAAAUGUCCCAUACCUAAAAAGGGUUAUGCUUGCUGCGAAGAAGAGGAAAAAAUGGAAGAGUUCCAAGUAACUGGUUGGGGCGAAACUGAAAAUAAAUCGGUGUCUGAUAAUAUCAUGGAGAGCAAAAUCCCUAGGAUCCCUCGCGAAGGCUGCACAAGGUACUUUACCAAGGUUAUUACAGAAUCCCAACUGUGCGCUGGUAACCUUGGUAAUAAUUCCUGCAAUGGCGAUUCUAGUGGUCCUUUAUUGUAUUUGAGCGAAUAUAACGAGAAGCAAAGUUUCGUGCAGUUCGGUAUUGUUAGUUACGGUUCGCCUAGUUGUGGUAAUGGGUAUCCUGCGGUGUAUACAAAUGUUGCCAGCUAUAUGCGCUGGAUAGCCGAUAAAAUAAUCGCCAAUUAGUUGACGGUUUUAUGUGGAUAUCGAAUAUAUAAAUAUGCAAAUAAAUAUAUAAACGCCUA